AUGCCAGAAUCGGCCAGAUCGAGAAAUGUUCUUGGCUCGGCGUUUUUGGCGGAGUUGAGGGAUUUAUUUGGGGAUGAGGUUGAUUUUUCAGAAGAAUUAGAAUGUCCGGCUCUAGAAAAACCCAAAAAUGGCGUCAACUGGUGCGACGAUGAUAAUAAAUCCGGCUCUGUCUGCUCGACAAUCUGUCAGGAAGGCUUUCAUCUUGCCAAUUCUGAAACUGGAAAGCGAAAAUGCAACUGCACAAAUGGCGAGUGCCGUUGGUCCGAUUCUAGAGCCAUUCGAUGCCGAAAAAAUCCAAGUUGUCCUUCUCUCUCUGCGCCGGAAAAUGGCAGCAUUUAUUGCCCGAUUGAUGAUGUCUGCUUAGUUUCUUGCAAUGAAGGGUUCGAAACUGAAAACGGCUUGGUAGAAGAAACGAUCAAAUGCGAUUGCGACGUCUCUUCUGAGGAAGCAAUGUGCAACUGGAAUCAAAAAAUGCCCAUUUGCAAGGCGAAAAAAGGCUGCGAGAACGAAUGCGGAAAGAACUCAUCCUGCCGACUAGGGCCGAACGGAUGGGGCUGUACCUGCAAUUGCGGCUUUUUCCUCCGUCAGGGAAGGUGUAUUCAAAUAACUCCGAGUUGGAAUAAAAAUCGUUGCAGAGAUGGUUGGAUAAUGAAAAGUCGAGAAUGUCAACUUGAAGACUUGUCGAACAUCGGCCCUUGUUCAUACGAAAAAAUCGCCAGGCGAGUUCUGGAAGGGCAACAAGAGACGAACGAGAGCUUUCUGGACUGCAGCAGAAAAGACUUGUCAAAUUUGAACGAGAUCAUCAUUCCAGGAAAGACGAAUACGUUCAUUGCUUGGAAUUCAGGGCUCAACUCGACAGAUGACUUGAUGAAGAAAUUUGAAAAUCUUAUCGACUUGGAAGUGACGAAUAUCGGCCAAAACGAUUUUGAAGAGCUACCUGGAGAUCUUUUCGCGUCUAACUGUCAAUUAACCGGGGUUGGAAUCGGUCCAGCGAAGAAACCACCGCGAAUUUCACCUUUUCUCUUUCACAAUAACAAUCUUCUCAAGAAGGUCGAUCUUGGUGGUCUCAAGACGACGAUCCCUCUUCUUACCUUGUCUCAUCUCUCCAACCUCGAAUGGCUGAGCCUCCGAGAAAACAACAUUCCCGUCCUCACUCAAGCCGUUGCUUUUGGAAAGCGAAAGCUGCAAUACCUCGAUAUUUCUAGCUCCAGAAUCCGAGCUAUCCUUGAUGGGGCUUUUCAGGACUUGGAAGCGCUGGAAUUUCUGGAUUUUUCCAACAAUCAGAUCAACUUUCUGACGGCUGGGCAAAUGAGAGGAAUGAAAAAGUUGAGGUUUGGAGAUUUUUCGGGAAAUGAGAUUCUUGAGCUUGGAGGCGAUUUAUUCAUCGAUUCGCCCCUAAUUGAAGAUAUAAAUCUAUCAUCGAAUCAUCAUCUUUCAAAAAUCUGCCGGUCGACCUUUGUCAGACUUGAAUACCUCCAAACUGUCGAUCUGCGAGAUUGUUCAUCCCUACCGAGUGUUUUGCAGAAAAAAUUUUGUCGAGAAGUUCGUCCUGAAUGUGCCGGAUCAUUAUUGUCCAUGCAAAGAGCUUUACUGGACUUUGGCGAAGAAUGCUGA